GAAAUCAUUUUUGUCAGUUUGUGUCGCAGAUAUAGCUGUAUUGAGCUUAAAGUAACAAUAUAUUUCUGUAUUUGAAAUAUUUUCGCAGUGUAACUGUAGUUCCUGUCAUACAUCAACAGGCUUAUCAUCCAUCUGUCAUCAUGACAAUAUAAGAAUUUGAGUUUUGUGGUUUACCACCCUGAAACACUUUAAUACUGCCGUCAAAUCAUUGUGGUAAAAGUCACUACCAAGACUGCCUGAAACUGCAUCGAGUAUUGGGACAACUAUAUUGGAUAUACUGAUAUAGGCUAUAUUUGUCAACUGUUUUGAAUAAUAUUAUCUCUGAUUUCGAAGAAUGAUAAUGAGGAAGCUUCAUAAUUUUUGGAUAUAUUUUGCUGCUUUUUCAACCAACUUUAUUUUAUUAACAAAUGGAGAACCACAGGCCAUAGGUUCAUGCAAUUUUGAAGAAACCAGCGUUAAAACAGGAAACAAUUUAUGUGGAUAUACCCAUGGAGCAAUUGAAAAUGAUGAUUUUUUUAAUUGGGAACUUGAAAGUGAUGGUGGCGGACAUUACAUGAAUGUUAAAACAGAAGAACAUUUCGUAGGGCAGAGAGCAAGAUUGUACAGCAUGGAAAUUGAUCAUGAGGGUACUCACUGCUACACGUUUCAAUAUCACAUGGAAGGUUGGAAUACAGGAAACAUGACAGCAGAUGAUGAUUACAACUCACUCAACGUUUAUAUAACAGACACUAAUACUCAUGAUCUACUCUUAUCUCCACCUGUUUGGCAAUCUACUCCAAAUGAGUAUGGCAGUGGCUGGACCACUGUUCAGCUUGCUUUGAGUCCAAAAGUUUACAGAGUAGUUUUUGAGGCAGAUAUUCAAGACAUAUCACCGGGAAUAAUUGCAUUGGAUAAUAUUGUUGUGAACACUGAAGCUUGUGAAAACGCUCCACAUUUCUUGAGAGUAACAAACAAAGAAGUCAAUGAAAAUCAAGACGUUACGCUUAAUUGCUUGUUAUGGGGCAAAAACCUCAAGUUGUCUGAAAAUUUCAGAAACCAGACGCCUACGAUAGAAAUGCAAAGAUCGAAUGGCGAUAGUUUUCAACCUAUUUCAAAGACAAAAUACAAUGACCACCUGAGCUUUUCUUUUAAGUUUACAAAAUUAACAAAAGAUACAGAAGGUGAAUACAGAUGCGUGUAAAACGUUACAUCAGUGGGCGUGUCUAAUUUUGCAAAGAUUUCUGUGAAAAUUCCCCCUGUCCCACAGCGUCCACCAGAUGUUAUUGAUCUCGGUUCAACUCAUCUUAAAAUUCGACUCAAUGGCGAAAGUUAUGUUGGUGACGAUCCAGUCAUUCAGACUAUUCUAAACUAUAGACCACUGAAUGGAUCGUGGUCAGAUGUGCAUGAAAUUGAUGGCACCGAGUAUCAUUUGUGGCAUCUCAUGCCUGACACAAAUUAUGAAUUGUCUGUCACAUUGGUAAGACCAGGCAUGGGUGGUGCCGGUAUACCUGGACCUGCCUUGCAUCAAAGAACCAAGUGCGGUGUUCCACUACGACCGGUUGAGAAAGUUAACCUUCGACCCAUUGCCUCGUCUGAAAUUGAAGUAUCUUGGAAGUAUCCUGAUUUCAGCGUCACGCAAUGUCAUUAUCAUUCAUACAUCAUAAGAUAUAGAAAAUAUAAUACGACUGAUGAAUUUCAAAAGAAAGAGAUAGCGGGUGACGUCAGUGCCGGGCUUGUCGAAGGACUCACUCCAUACACUGUCUAUGAAAUUAUGAUUGAGCUUGUGAACUCUGAGGGUUCUAUGGGAACUGGUCCUUACACAGCACAGACUGGAGAAGGAAAUCCUGGACCUGUGCCUAAAGAUUCGUUUGUUGUCACGGAAACAACUGAAACUACAAUUUCCUUGAAGUGGGAAGAACCUGAAGUCAUCAAUGGAGUAUUACAAAAAUAUGAGGUUGAAGUUAAUGCCAUAAGUUCUCUUCAACCUGAUUUCAAACCUCAAAGCUCUCAGCCAGAUCUUUACCAAGUAAAAGCCACGGAACACAAUCUUACAGUCGAUAAACUUAACCCUGGUACCACCUACACCAUUGUAAUCAGUGCCCUGACAUCAAAGGGAGAAGGUCCAGGUACAUCGGUUUUAGCGUCGACUAAAAUUUCAGCCCCAAAAAUGCCUAUUUAUCCAUCACCUACUCCAGACAAUGGGUCAUCAAGUACUCCAACAACAAUAGAAAUUGAGAUCAAGCCUGCUGAAGCCUAUGGUGCUCCCAUAUCAAAUUAUUAUAUCGUUAUAGAAGAGAUACCAGAUUCGUCUGCAGGGGAACCGACAUCUGAUGAACAGAGUAUGCCACGCACUAGGAAUGGAAAAUCACGUUCUGGCAGAAGACGUAAAAAUGGAAAGCGGCGGCAGAAAAGACAAACAGUUGUUUCAACAGGAGAUGCUAAUAGCGCUUGUCAUUCUAAACCGAUUUCAUUCGAAGAAUCUAAAAGACAAAAUAAAACUUUUUACUUUGGUGGAAAACUUGAACCUGAAAGCAUCACAGAGGGCACUAAAUUUGUUGUUGGAGGGGGCAGUGAUUCUAACGGAUUCUCUAACCCUCCACUCGACCCCAACAAGAAAUACAACAUCUAUGUUCGAGUCGAAAGCAAGAUUGGAAACGAGACUCGCGUCAAUUGUGCACUGGUGGCAGUCAAAGCGAGCGUACCUCCUACCACUACAACACCAACUACUACCACACUACCACCAGUUGUAAGCGUUUCUGAAGUCGUUAAAACAGAUCCAGAGGUGGAGACAAUUACUCCAGAUGAGCCUAAUCCUGAUCCCCAAACUGCUAUGAUUACUUGGGCUUCUGUAGCUGCAGGUGUUGGACUCUUAAUAAUCAUUGUGAUCAUUGUUCUAUUUAUGUUGUUCGUAAAAGGUGCAAGGAAAAAAUCGAAUCAUAACAAUGAAGUUGUCAAUCCAUUCGAAGUUCGAAUGAUGAUGACAGAUGUACCAGCGACCGCUAACGGACAUUCGAUUCCUCGAUCAGGAACUGGCGAUAGACAAGCUCUCAUGAUGCCUGAUGUCGUUGAUUUUGAAAAUCAUGAUUUCAUGGAAAAGACGUUGGAUGCAAGCGGUACCCAUACUGGGACUUUCAGGUCUGGGUCGACCCCUCUUGUCGAAGAGAGACCCGCAUUACGAGUAGACGAUUUCCACAUUCACGUCAAUGAAAUGAAUCGCCAGAAUAAGUACGGAUUUCAUGAAGAAUUUACUUCGUUUAGAGAAGGCCAAACUUCAUCCUGGGAUGUUGGAAAAAGGGAGGAAAACAGGACCAAAAAUCGCUAUGGCAACAUCAUGGCAUAUGAUCAUAGUCGAGUCGCGCUUCAGCCAAUCAAAAGUCAGGAUGAUCAAAUCACCACCGAUUACAUUAACGCAAGCUAUGUACAUGGUUAUAAAAGUCCAUCUAUGUAUAUAGCGGCUCAAGCACCGUUACCAGAUACAGUAGAUGAUUUCUGGUUGAUGAUUUGGCAAGAGAAAUCACCAGUGAUUGUAAUGGUGACCAACUUAGUUGAGAUUGGCAAAAAGAAGUGUCAUAAAUAUUGGCCUGAAGAAACAGCUCAAUAUGGAUCCAUCAAAGUAUCACAGACUCAUGUAGAAGAAUUAUGUGAUUAUACGAUACGAACUUUUGUUAUACAACAGUAUGAUGGAUAUGAUGCCAGAGAAGUAAAACAAUUUCAUUUCACUGCAUGGCCCGAUCAUGGUGUGCCUACUCGUCCAACAAAUAUUUUGUCAUUUAUAAGAAGAGUGAAAUCAUACGAAAUGCCAGGUCAAGGCCCCAGUACUAUCCAUUGUAGUGCUGGGUCCGGGCGAACCGGAUGUUUUAUUGUCAUCGACAUGAUGUUGGAUAUGGCGCGGGACGAGGGUGUCAUUGACAUUUACAAUACUGUGACGGACUUACGUAGCAGACGUGUCAACAUGGUACAAACAGAAGAACAAUAUAUUUUUAUUCACGAAGCGGUUCUGGAAGCUUUACUCUGUGGCGAUACGCUCGUUGCUGCGUCAGACUUGAGACAACAUUACGAUGAUUUAAUAACUGUAGAUCAACAAACUCAAAUUGCACCAGUACAAGAAGAAUUUGAGACACUGAAUGUCAUGACGCCGAAAUUAAAAGACGAGGAAUGUGAAGUGGCAAGGUUACCGAGAAAUCGUGAACGAAACAGAUAUAUGGAUGUCUUGCCGUCAGACAGAUUAAUGCCGUAUCUUGUAACACCACAUCCCACUGAUCCUGACUCGAAUUAUAUAAACGCCAUAUUUACAGAUAGUUACGCAAAAAGAAACGCCUUCAUUGUGACCCAAACUCCCCUGCCAAACACAGUCAUUGAUUUCUGGAGAUUGGUUUAUGACUAUAAUUGUACUUCUGUUAUUAUGAUGGAUGAUCUCGGAGGACAAGAACCAACUUGCUGUCAAUAUUGGCCAGACAACGGAACUGCUGUAUUCGGAUCUUUUACUGUUGAAUUAAGUCAAAUAGAAGAUGAAGUUGAUUUUACGACGAGAAUAUUGAAAAUACAGAAUAUGAAUAGACCAAAUGAAGCUCCAAGAAUGGUUAAACAGUUCCAACUGACCAAUUGGCCAGAGAACCAGCCAGUGCCAUAUACAAGAAAUGCUGUGUUGAGGGUGAUUCAACUGGUAACAAAAUGGCAAACAGAAAACAAUACUCCUAUUGCUUCUACGAAAGAUGAAGGAAGAAUGCUGGUUCAUUGUCUAGCCGGCGCUGGAAGGAGCGGUACAUUCGUAGCAUGUUAUAAUAUGUGCAUGCAAUUACGACAAGAAUUUGCAGUCGAUGUUUUUAAUAUUGUUCAACGAUUAAGAAACAUUCGUCCGCAGCUUGUUGAAACACUGGAACAAUACAGAUUCUGUUAUGAAGUCGGAUGGGAUUUCGCUGACCAGUGAUCUACUUUUAAAAACUGCCACUGCAUGGCCAUGACAAAAUUAAGUUCGGCCAAAUAUACGCUAUUGAUAUAUCAAGCUUGACCAGAAGUAGUUCAUUGGGUUCUUUGUGGAGAAACAAGCCACCAUCAUCACUCAAAUUCAAAUACAACUCACUCCAAUCAGUAACUUUAUUAGACGAGACCCCCCGACUAAAACAUUUUUUUCAUUUUUAAUCAUUUUUUGCUUUUUUGGUGCUUUAAUUUGCAGUUUCUUUAUUUUCUCUUAUUAAUAUUAUUAUCUGAUGCUGUUAAAUCAUCAAUUUUUCAUGAUUUUUUUUUCUAAUUUUUUUUGUUGUAAAAACGUCUCACAUCAUGUUUAGGGUUGGCUUUGGAUGAACUACCGGUAGUACUUUUGUACUUUUGAUGCAUGUAAUGCAGAAAGUAUAAUAAUUUAAAAUUAUUAUUAAAAACUGGUAGUAUGGACUUCUAUCGUCUUUCCUAUUGUAUGUAAUGCAAAAGAAUAUCCAAUUAUGUGUGUAUGAUAGAAAAUGAUAAUUGUUUUGAGAAUUGAUUUUAUUACAUCUGUGAAAUUUUUCUAAGUGAAAUUGAUACGUUAAAAAUUUCAAAAUUGGAUUUAAUAUUCACUUGAAAUUUUAGUUACUAAUUGUUCGAUCAUCUGCGCUCAUUUCAUUUUGAUGAUUUUUUAAAAAUUCGUUAUGGAGUUCACAAAUAUACUGGAUUAUGUAGGUAAUUAUAAUAACUAUGCGUUUCUGGAAAAUCUAUGCUGAAAUAGAAAAUUUAACCCAUUAAGCAGAUUUUUUUGACCUUUGACGGCAGUCAACUAAAGAAUGUGAUAACCCGACCAAGCUUCCAUUUAUAGUUAUCGUAAAUGCUGAUCCGUCCUAGCUUUUUUCAAUAUUAUUUUAUGUUUACUUGAAUCAAAUAAUCAAUAAUGGAUUUCUAAAUGAAAUUGGUUUACAUUAUAACUUAAUACUUCCAAAAUGAGAGCAGAGCGUUCCUACGAUCUCAGUUCAUUUGAAUACUGUGAAAUACCAGUGGUUUUACUACCUUUUUUCAUUUAAAAUUUUAUUAAAAAUAAAUGAAUUUGAAUAAAAUUUGUGAUUAAAAUAUUGUAAUUUUUCCAAUUUAAUGAACAUUCAAAUCCGCGCCUAAAGAUUUUGCUCAGAUUCAUUGGUUACGUAGAUUCAUAAGUUCUUAAUGGAGCGCUGAUACUAGUCACCAUGUUAUUCAUUGUGCUCUAUUUUUCUUUUUUUGAAUAUUCGCAUCUUUCUUUAAAUUUAACGCAUUUUCUGUACCUCUUUUAAUUCGUAAUUUGCUUUUAAUUUAAUUUUUGGUGCUAAUCUGAAAGUCAAACCGCUGCACUAUAUUAAUUUUAGUUUUUUUUUUUUGUGUAAACGUUUUUGUGAUUUUUCAAAGUAGUAAUUCUUAAGGUUUUUACGCUUUAAAAAAAAAUGUAUGUGAACUUUCAUGCAUUUUAAAGUAGAUACCAUAAAGCAUGGAUGGAAAGAAAAUUUGUUACGAUAAUUCAUGAAACUUUUUGUGUGAAAUAUCAUUAUGAAAUUUCCAUUAAAAAUUGGACUAUAUUAUGUAUUUUGCCUAGAUAUUUUAAUUUGUGCUAUCCUGAUAGUAUUCAGGGAUUCUCAAAACAAAUCGAAUUUUUGAAGUGUUCGAAAAUAGUUAUAUUUGAUAUGGUUAAUUUAUGAUUUCAGCAGCAAGUUUUCAUCAUAAUAUUUUGAUAAAAAAAAUUAUCAUUUUGAGAUAUUGAAAACCUAACAGUCAGACUGAAUAGACUUGAAAUAAAUUCUGAUGAAGGCAGGGAAGAAAAAUUUAUGUAAAUUCCACCGCACAAUUAUUUUCAUUUGAAAUAUUUUACAUAUUCGAAAAAAAGUUUUCUAAUUGUCUUCGCAAGAGUGAUUUAUGCGAUGUUGGGUAUUUCUGAUAUCAUCCAGAAUAUUUUUGGUCAAUGACAACAUUUUUACUGAUGCAAAACUUAAAUUGUGCACUUAAAUUGAACUGAUAUAUAUAUAUGGCACUUUUGUAUGUGACCAAUCUGUUUUUAAAUGGACCAAAUUUAUUAUUUUUGAUAGUCAUCUAAAUAUUGUUGCCAAAUUUGGAACAAAAAAAUGAAUUUCAUUGCCUUUUUAAUGGCUUAUAUUUGUGCACAAUAACAUUCUAUAGAACGUUUUUGCACUAUUGCUAAAUGUAAUGUUCAAUUUUUAUUGAAACCUUUCCUCGAAAAUAUUCAUCUGAACUGAUUUGAUAUUUGUACGUUUCAUAUAGAAUAUCGUUCAUUGUUACUUUUUAUCCCGUAAAAAGACGAAAAACAUUUACAGUUACAUUAUUGAUUCAUGUAACAUCUUAAAUUAAAUUCGUAAAUUUAGUUUUCGUGUACAAAUUUUAAAAUUGGUAUCAACUAAAUUAAAUAUCGAUAAAAUGAUAUAUUUAUUUGUAGAACAUAUUCAAUAUUAGAUUUAUGGUCAAAAGCAUUUUAAAUCUUAUUUCCAGCACAAUUCUUUGUAUAUCUUGCUCAAGUGGUCGAGUUCAAAUAUAAUGAGCUUUUGCACUAUGAUUUGUUUGUUUCACUCGUAUAUAUGUAGUUUGGCACUAAUUUAUGUUUAUUGUUCUCUUACUGUUUGGUUGAAAGACAAAUACCCCAACCUGACAAUCUUGAAAUGUGGGGGGGUUAUCUUUUCUUAUUAGCUGAAUGUAAUUUUUUUUUCAGUAAUGUCACAUAUUUGUUGCUGUUUUGUUGCAAUUUUUAGUAAAUAGUAAUAAACUUACUACUGAGAAGUCAA